AUGAACCACGAAUACGACUAUCUCUUCAAGAUCCUCCUCAUUGGAGACUCGGGUGUUGGCAAAUCAUGCCUACUGCUGCGCUUUGCAGACGACACCUAUACCGAAUCUUUCAUUUCUACCAUUGGCGUUGACUUUAAAAUUCGUACAGUGGACCUGGACGACAAGGUCGUCAAGCUUCAAAUCUGGGACACGGCAGGGCAAGAACGAUUCCGCACUAUUACUUCCUCUUACUAUCGUGGAGCUCAUGGCAUUAUUGUAACGUACGACGUGACAGAUGCAACAUCCUUUACAAAUGUCAAGCAGUGGCUGCAAGAGAUUGAUCGAUAUGCCAAGCAAGACGUCAUGACUUUACUAGUUGGCAACAAGUCCGAUAUGGCGUCCAAGCGAGCAGUCAGCAAGGAGGAAGGCCAGGCGUUGGCGGAUUCCUUGGGCAUGCACUUUUUAGAGACGUCCGCCAAGACCAGCACGAACGUAGAAGAGGCCUUCCUGACAAUGGCGAGACGGAUCAAGAACAACAUGAAGACAGCAACAAUGACACCAGGGUAUACCAAAGGGGCUGUCAAAGGCAUCAAACUGGAAGGAGACAAGCCACAAAGUUAUGGUUGCUGUUAG